ACAAUCUCAGUUCACUCACACUUCAUACAUUGCUCUUUCUAGUUAUUGAUAUAUUUUCCACUUGAUCUCUUUCAAGAAAAAGAUAAUGGCGAAAAAUGUAGCUCAGUCUUCCCUUGAAAGAAAUGGGUUGGCCUCACUGGAUCAGAGACUUGCCAUGGCAAAGAAAUGCUCUUAUGAGGGCGUGAUGGCUGGAGCAAAGGCAGCUGUUGUUGCAGGCUUUGCAACUGCAGUUCCUACAAUUGCCAGCGUGAGAAUGCUGCCAUGGGCCAGAACCAACCUUAAUCCCACUGCACAGGCACUCAUCAUCUCCACUGUGGCAGGUGCUGCCUACUUCAUAGUUGCAGACAAGACGGUUUUGGCAUCUGCAAGAAAGAACUCCUUCAAUAAGUCUAACAUGGAAGUUUAACUAAUUCUCUACAAUUAACUACUACUCUUUUAAGUAGAGAGAUCAUAAGGAUGAUAAAGAUAUCAGUCUUGAGACUCCUAGCUAGCUUUUGCUUCUAGCUCAGUGUGCUUCUCUUUGUAUAUGUAAAUUUUAAAUUAAAAAUAAGUAAGUACAGUUUUCAUCUGGUUCUCAU